CCUCAAGAGUUAGACGUACUUAACGCAAAAUACGUAACAGCAGGGUGAUUUACUUCAGAUCGAAGUCAGGCUUCGUUGUUUCUGUCUGAGAGUAUCGUUGAGCAGGAAAUACUAUGAGGAGGUACAGUCCGGAAUAUUAUAGUCCUCCAAGGAGAGGGUAUGGUGGUCGGGGAAGGACUCCUCCGAGGAGGGGAUAUGGUGGAGGUGGUGGGUAUGAGAGACGCAAGGGCCCGAACCAUGGGAGUCUGUUGGUUCGCAACAUUCCUCUGGAUUGCAGACCAGAAGAACUUCGGAUCCCUUUUGAGAGAUUUGGGCUUGUCAGGGAUGUGUAUAUUCCUAAGGACUAUUACACAGGAGAACCUCGAGGAUUUGCAUUUGUGCAGUUUGUGGAUUCUUAUGAGGCCAUUGAAGCUCAGCGCAGUAUGAAUGGAAGAACAUUUGCUGGGAGAGAGAUAUCUGUGGUAGUUGCUGCAGAGACAAGGAAAAGGCCUGAGGAGAUGCGUGCUAAAGCUAGAGUUAGGGAGCCGUCAAGCUAUGAAGGACGACCAUCAUCUUAUUAUGGACGUUCACGUUCUCGUUCAAUAUCUCAUUCGCGCUCUCCCCGCCGUCCUUCAGGUUCUAGAAGUCGAUAUCGUUCAAGGUCAUAUUCUCCUGUCCCCAGACGAAGGGAUGACUACUCUAUUUCCCCAAGUAGAAAGCAUGCUGACUACCCAAGACAGUCGAGGGAUGCUCCACGAGAACAGGAUGGUGAUUACAAUCACAGAUCGUAUUCUCCAGGUUAUGAAAAUGGUGUUGAACAGAACCAAAAUGGAAGUGGUUAUGCUGAGAAAUCUGCUUAUGGUUCUGAAGAAAGAGGGGGAGAUCAUUGGAGAUCAGCGCCUGGUAGAGCAGCAUCAAGGUCUCCAUCUGGAUCAAGGUCUAGAUCUGCUGAUUUGUCACCUAGGCUGAGCUGAUGAGCAGAGAAAAUUUGGGGAAAGAAGGUGGAGAUGUUACUCCCUUUGUCAAGUUUGUACAAUUGUCAGGUCAUCGAAGCAGGUGGUGUAGUUAUCUAGAGGUAAUUGGCUCAAUCUUGCAGAUGGUAGGAGCCUGUAGGUGUUGGCUUGAUAUCAUAACUUAACAGAUUGAUUUCAUCUUCAUGCUUUGGCUUGCAUAAAGGAUUUUAGUUUUGCUCGUUUGUUGUGAUAACGCAAUCAACUGAAGUUUAUAUCUAUCUGUUCUGUGCAUGUCAAGUAAAGUUCAAUCAGUUUCA